GUCCCCCUCGGCCGGCCCGCUUCUCCGAGAGCGUCUCCCCACCAUGCCCGAGGCCGGCUGCGAACCCGCGGCGCACGGCGAGCUGCAUUACCUGCGCCAGGUGGAGCACAUCCUGCGCUGCGGCUUCAGGAAGGAGGACCGCACGGGCACCGGCACUCUCUCGGUGUUCGGCAUGCAGGCGCGCUACAGCCUCCGAGAUGAAUUUCCUCUGCUCACAACCAAACGUGUGUUCUGGAAGGGCGUUUUGGAGGAGCUGCUGUGGUUUAUCAAGGGAUCCACAAAUGCAAAAGAACUGUCAUCCAAGGGAGUGAAGAUCUGGGAUGCUAAUGGGUCCCGAGAUUUUCUCGACAGCUUGGGAUUCUCUGCACGACAAGAAGGGGACCUGGGCCCAGUUUAUGGUUUCCAGUGGAGGCAUUUUGGGGCGGACUACAAAGAUAUGCAUUCAGAUUACUCGGGACAAGGAGUGGACCAGCUGCAAAAAGUAAUUGACACCAUCAAAACCAACCCUGACGACAGAAGAAUCAUCAUGUGCGCCUGGAACCCAAAAGACCUUCCUCUGAUGGCACUGCCUCCCUGCCAUGCCCUGUGCCAGUUCUACGUGGUGAAUGGGGAGUUGUCCUGCCAGCUGUACCAGAGGUCAGGAGACAUGGGCCUGGGUGUGCCCUUCAACAUCGCCAGCUAUGCCCUGCUCACCUACAUGAUCGCACACGUCACAGGCCUGAAGCCAGGUGACUUUGUACACACUUUGGGAGAUGCACACAUUUACCUGAAUCACGUGGAGCCACUGAAAAUCCAGCUUCAGCGAGAACCCAGACCCUUCCCAAAGCUCAAAAUCCUCCGGAAGGUUGACACGAUUGAUGACUUCAAGGUGGAAGACUUUCAGAUCGAGGGGUACAAUCCACACCCCGCAAUUAAAAUGGAAAUGGCCGUUUAGAGUGUCCCCAAAGAUGCAGGGGGUGCUGGCAGCAUCUUUGUGUGCUGGGCCUGAGGCCCAGGUGAGGGGUCUCUGGUCUAAAGGAAAGGCAAGGUAGUAGGUCAAAACUCUCAUUGGCACAUUGAACUGCUGUUUCUUUUAGUAGUGAAACGUGAUUAUGGACAUAGUGAAAACUUAUAUACUCUUAGCCAAACAUGCGGACAUUUCAAUACCACGUCUGCAUGCAGAAGGCCACUGGAGAGUUUGUAUCAGUUACAAUGUGGUUUGUUACAAACAUUUAAAGUUAUAUUUCUUUUAUAUAUUGUAAUAAAGAACUGUUUUUGCA